AAUGUCAGUAUUAUUUAUUUUGUCUUUUCUCUUACAGGCAGCUGGUAGGUGGCGAUGCAGGCAUAAGGAAUCCCUGAUGGCAUAGGUCACCCUUAAACAUAGAAGGUAAACAACAAUCAUCCAGUGAUGCAUGACCUUUGGAUAGUGGAGAAAUGGUAGACAAUAACAGCCAGUGGACAAAGAUAUGGCAGAACAUCAGUGAGAUCAGAGGGUACUGGCAGCUAGCUGUGCCUGGAACUGAAGGAAUGGUCGUCAUCAGGUGACACAGCCACCAACAUGGCCGCCCGUGCUCUCCCAGAAGACCUCCGGGAGUUGGAGAGACGGCAUGUGUCCGAGGUGUAUGAUCAGAUAGCUGCUCACUUUACAGACAUCAGGCACAAAGCCUGGCCCAAAGUUCGUCAGUUUCUUAAAGAGCUAGAGCCAGGAUCAUUGGUGGCAGAUGUCGGCUGUGGUAAUGGAAGAUACCUACAUAUCAACAAGAAGAUUUACAAACUAGGGUCUGAUCUUUGUGAAGGCUUGGUGAACAUUGCUAACCAGAGGGGUUAUAACGCCAUGGUGUCAGAUAACCUCAAGCUUCCAUAUCGUGAUGGAGUGUUUGACGCAGCUAUUUCUAUCGCUGUCAUUCAUCACUUUGCUACUGUGGAUCGGAGGAUACAGGCGUUGAGAGAGCUUGCUCGAAUCAUCCGUCCUGGGGGCAAAAUCAUGAUAUGUGUCUGGGCCUUCGAGCAAAAACACCGCCGGUUUGAUGGACAGGAUGUUUUGGUUCCAUGGAAUAAACCAACAAAAUUUCAUCGCAAAAGGGCAACCAGCAAAUCCUCAGCAGGAACUGGCUCAGACUUUUCCAGUACAAGUUCUGUGAGUGAGGAUGAUGCAGUAGGGGAUGUAGCUGACACAGAUGGAAUCUUAUUAACCAAUCAGAAUCAGUCCAUCAAAACUUUCACCUCUGAGACGACCUCGUCAGAACAGGGUAUCCAGCAGAAUGGAUGCUUAGAAGUUACUAAUUCUCCAGUGUCUUCAUCUAUGACGGUCAGUGGUAAUCACUCCGCAGAUGUGGAAGCAGAACAUGUGAAUGCCAGUCAUGAUACAUGCCCGUGCUCUGAAAAAGAAUCCUCAUCUAGUUGUAGACAUUGUGAAAGCCUUUGUACUAGUUGUAGGUUAAGACAGUCUCGUAAAGCAUCAAAAGCUUUUCCAUGCAGUACAACAUGUGGUGUAUUUUCAAAUACUGUUGAAUGGGAUUCCUCGAAAGGUUCUGCUGGUGUCCAAAAGCCACAGAAUCCGCCUGUUCGACCCUCAUCUUUGCAUCUCCUUCAUCGGCACACGGCAGGCAUUAGUCCUUCUCAAAAUUGCCGGAGGCAGACCACCAUUUCUUACAACACUCAACGAAGAAGCAUUCCAAUGAAAUUGGAGGCUUCACGACAUAUCACAUCAUGUCAGAACAAGAUCUGUCCUUCCUUUACAAAGGACAAAAAGCUUCCUCGUCAUUGUGAUCAGGCACUUAAUUGUUGUGACAAUCAUUCCAGUGCAACACAAAUUCCUCAGUGUUUCCCCCAAGACAAGAACAAGAUGGUGCUCAGUUGUAGUCCAAAACCCUUGACCCAUGAGAGGCCUGGUGAUGGUACGCAAGAAGCAAAGUCUUCUUUGCACACAAAACAAGCCAGUAUUAAAGAACAGUUUUGUCAUAAACAACAGGCUGCCGCAGUAUUAACCGUGUGCAGAAACAACAACCAAACCCGAUCACCCACCAUAGCGAAACAAGAGCCUUCAUUGUUAGACAGACUCAAAACUUUGAUCAUGGGAAAGUCCAGAAGCAUGGAUAAUGAUUCAGAUUAUGAUGCAAAGACUUCACAAGACCAGUUGUCUUCAGUGUGGCGUGACUACUACAAGAGUUGUGUCAAGGAUGUGGAACAGGACUUGAAGAGCUUUAAGUCUUUCUGCAGUCUAACCAAUGCUCAACAGCAGCAAGAUGUCCUCUGCAGGGAAUUCGUAGUGCGGGAAUUUCCCGGCAGCAGUCAGUUGAAAGGAAGUCUCUGUUCAAUUGACGAUCCGGAGCCGCGUGCGUCUGUAGGUAGAAAAUUACACAAGAAAGAAAAGAAUGGUUGCAUGAUAGAUAAUUCUAGUACUAUUUAUAAUAAUGGGGCCCAUGUCAGCUCGGCAUGUGAGAAACCCAGAUGUUUAGAUGAUAAUGGCAAUCCAUAUAGUACGUCUCAGAAUGGUCUCGAGUCCAGAGGCAGGCAGCCCAAAGAACUGGUAGUGAAAGGGACAAAAGAAGCAAGAAAAGGCGAAAGUUUCAGCACUGGUGAACACAGGCAAGAUGUGUCUUACCCAGCUGAAAAGCCUGUUAAUCAUUGUUCGGGUGGAACUGUGGAAUCCAGCAUGGAUGAAGUGUUUGAAGACUUUACCACCAGCAUGUCAACCUGUCUGACGAAUCUGUCUAGGAAGGAAUCAGGAGAAAGUUUUGGGAAACCCCCAGCUGUUACUCAGGGCUCCUCCUGUCAGAGGUACUAUCACGUGUUCAGAGAGGGGGAACUGGAAGAGCUUAUCACAGUGCAUGUGCCUAUUUUAAACAUUGUCAACUCGUAUUUUGAUCACGCUAAUUGGUGCCUUAUUGCUGAGAAAAUAAGCUCACUUUAAGCUGUGUUAAGGAUGCCGUUCCUACUCAUAAGUUUACAAGUUAUGAAGUUCAACGAAUUUGUACAAGUUUGUAAUCAUGGAUCAUAUACAAAAAUUAACCAAUGACUUUUUGAGGUUGUAGAAAUUUACAGAUAGCCUUUGACUGCAGAGUAGGAAUGGUCAUUUAAAAUUAAUUAUGGCUUUGAAAUGUUUAUUAGAUUGACUAAAAAUCUCGGUAUUGCAUGUAUUUACAUGUGUAUUGAAUAGAGUUUUAAUGUAUUUAACUUUACAUCCUUUUUUUACAUUCCAAACCUUGUCCUUAAACUUGGGUGGCUUGUUCCACAUUUGGGUAUGUUUACAUGUGUUUUUGUAAUUUAUUUUAUUGUGUUAAUGUGAGGAUGACAGCUUUUACUCCUUGAUAUGAAAGAUGAAUGCUUAUGUUAUUGGCCAUGUACUUGUGUCCAUGGAUUUGUCUAUGUACGGCCAUAACCGUUUUAACUGUUAAUUCUUAUUUAAUUACAUGUAUGAAAGUACCGUGUAGCCUCGCUGUAACGUGCCGAUCAGGGGACAGGUCUUUGGGUAUGUUAAAGACUUCUUCGUGAUAUUACGAAAUGACACAGGAGUUAUCAGAUGACAUUUGUUACGAGUGAGGAUUUUUUUAUUUUAAACUAAGUUAGUUGAAUGCUAUGCUGUACGCCAACACGAUCAUAUGACCAUGUUAUGCGCAGUUACUGAACAGAAAAUGAUGUUGACUGUUUCAGUAUGCAUGGCGCUAGAUCUGUCUAAUAAAACAGUGAGAAAAAAUCACUUUAGUAAGAUCUAACAUACAUUUUAUAUUACCACAGUAACACCUAGGGUAAAUGUACAUACACGCAUAAAAUACAUACAUGUACAUACACGCACGUUGGUAUACGUCACGGAAAGGCUGUCCAUAUUUAUAUGCUUAAUGUAGCGGGGGCUUUGAUUAUAAUGCAAUUUUACUGGACCAUAAAUCUGUUAAGUCUUGUUGAAAUCGCACUUGGUAGCAAGUGUUCUCUGUGGCACGAUAUUGUGCUGGUUGGGGCAAAAAUGACUGCAGAAUCUUUGUCCAUUUCGGCCUAGCUGUCCACAAGAUUGUCUGCUCCUCCUCUACUCCUACUUCACUUGGGCAUAGUGGCAUCCAUUGAAUGGUGUUUGGUGGCAAGUCGUUUUGGUAAAUCUCUCAAAUUAGCUGUGGGAGUCGUCCCCCCCUCGACUGGUAGGGAUGUCGGCACAACAGACCCAAAGCCAUCUUAAGGCCCCUUCAGCUGACAGUUUUCAAUGCUCUUGGACUGAACUUGGUCCCAGGCUUUCGCCAUUAAACAGAAUAUCUUUUCCAGGUAGUCCAGGUAUCCCCUUUCAGUAAUCCUAGACUCCUCACUGUAAAGCAUGUCUGUGAUCAGAUUUCUUCUGUAAUUCUUUCUGAAAUGGUAAAUGGUGCCUUGAUGUCACGGAAAGGCUCUUCAGAUUAACUUGCUUAAUGCAUCACAAGGACUUUCAGUUGCCCAUACACGUGGGUUUCAGGUUUGUAUUCACUGGUCUUUUUGCGCAAUUUUUCUGGGCUUAAAAUCCAGCGAUCUUGUUGGUGUCAGACUUGAUUGGAAGUGUUCUGUCUGGCAACAUCUUGUAGCAUAGGUCUGGUCACAAUUGAAGAUUUGACACUCAUCGUAACCUCUGUUUUCAGUUAGGCCCUUUAGGAUACUGGACUGCAGAUGCCAUGUUCGACGAUUGACUGUCUACAGCCAUGCAAUAUGUAUACCACAGGACAAAAUUUGAGUUGCGUCACAUGCGAUCUUGUAGCAUACAUGUAGGCCAGUCUGGUCACAAUUGAAGAUUUGACACUCAUUGUAACUUGUGCCUUCAGAUAACGGGAUACUUGUCUGCAGAUUCCAUGUCCACUGAUCAACUUUCUCUUGCAAUGCAAUCUGUAUGCCCACAGAUUUUUUCGAGGCAAGAUUGUGACUUGCCUUGUACCCUAAUGGGUGCUGUGCCGAGGAGUUUUAUAGUGAGGCUACACUGCACAUGUAUAUAUGCCCCUGAACGUGACACCUAGGUUCUCCACUCUUCGCACAGUAUUUUUUAAUCACCUCUGUCAGACAAUUUACUGUUCCUCUUAACUGGUUCCAGUCAAGAAAAUUAAGUAAUCAUUGUGUGGGUAGCCAUUUUAUGUACUUUAGAUUAUGGAGAUACAACUGGAGGAGGUUUGUCAGGUCUACUAGGGAAGGCUGGUGGUUUAGCCAGAGUAUUAAAUGUGAAACGUUUGAAUAGGCCUUUGGCGAUACACACAACUUAAAAGAAAAGCACAGAUUCUUCUGUUGUUGGCCUGUUUAGUGCUUUCGUUUUAUUGAUGCUAUUUUGUUUACAUGCCAAUGUUGUUUUAAUGUACACACUAAUGAUGUAUGUGAGGUCCAGUUCCUUCAUGGAGGUUGCAUUGCUGUGUUUAAACAGUACUGUGUGUUUCACAUUGUGACAAUGAAAGCAUUAUUACUGUUAAAGCAUGUUCAUGAGGUAAUGUGUUAGAUAUUGUGUAAUGUACACGAAUUUGUAAACAUUGGACAGUUAACAUGACAAAAUGUGUGUAUCAUUUCCAAUACAUACAUGUGUUUAUAAAUGAUGUACAUGUAUUAUGUAUCUUUUAUUGAAAGAAUGUAGGAUUUGCUUUUAUUUUGUCGUUAUUUUACCAUACAAUGUGGCAUUCCAAGUAUCAGUGCGUUGUUGUAUAAGUUUUAUAUAUUCAAAACGGCCCACAAGAUGUAAUGUCAGUGUAGAUCUCAUGAUACAUGUGGAUAUAUAUAUGAAGGUACAUGUAUUUCUUGUCAAUAUACACAUGUAGUUCUGUUGGCAUAAAGCACCUGAUAUUUCACCUACAAUGCAAUCAUCCUGUAAACCAACCAUCACUUACCCAUGCAUUCAUGUGUAUAUGUGCUAAAUAUACAUACAUGUGUGUUCCCAUAAAAAAUAAUACAGAGUUUGUAUCUU